AAUGUCAGGGACGGAAGCACCGAACCCGGAGACCUCAAACAUCCCCCAGUCCCAGAGUGAAACUGACAAACUAAGACUAACUAGAGAGUCCCAAGUGUACACUGCAACCAGUGAAACCCUUUUCCCCAAGGAGAUAACACACAAUAGAACACAUGCAUUGUCACUUGACUGGGUCAAUGGCGUGAACUCCACCCUUCCUGUCUUCAUUCUGCAAGACCACAGUCAACUGGUGUUCCUCUAUGCCGGAGCUCAUGUCGCCAUCAUCUACAAUUAUACCACAAACUCCCAACACAUACUUCAGGGUCACUGCAACCCCAUUUCGUGUUUGUGCGUCAGUCAAGACAGACGAUGGAUUGCAACAGCAGACAAGAGUUUGAAAAGCACCGUAAUCAUCUGGGAUUCGUACUCUGGCAUUCCUGUGCACACUUUGUUCGACUGCCAUUCCGACGGGGGAGUCAUUGCGAUAGCAUUUUCGGGUGACAACAAGCAACUGGUGACACUCGGGAAUGAAAAAGACCAAUGUGUGUGUAUCUGGGACUGGACUCAGGAUACACAGGAGCCACUGUGGCUCACUGAGCUCAGCCCUGAAUAUGGUCAUCAAAACUACAUCAUUUUUAACCCAUACAACAACACCCAGCUGCUGAGUAGCAGUGGAAGUCAGGUGUUGUUUUACAGCACGGCACAGAACGGUUUGCAGUACGUUCCCCUCAAGAUUAUUAAGCUGGGUGAUGAGGCCACCCUGCAACUGAACGCGUCUCUGUUUCCGCAAUCCUCGCCCGAGUACUGCAACAUCGUGAGAAUGGUCCGCGGGCCUUUAAAUCCCUCCGUGUUUCACUGGCAAGAUUUCAAGGUGAUAACGCCCACGGCGUCGGGCAUCGUCAUGAUCUGGGAGCUGAUGGAGGACUUGGUCUCCAAUCAAAGCCUGAGCCGAGACAGAGUCAAGAUCAUCUCCCUGCAGGACCAUCCCAUCACAGUGCUCACCAUAACAGACAGCUGUAUAGUCACCGGAGACACCCGAGGACAUAUCAACUUUUACGACGAAAACAUGUUGCUUCUCACUUGGUACAACAAUUUGAACCUGGACCCCAUUGUUUCCAUUUCUUUUUCCAAAGAGUGUGCACAAGGAUACUUGGAGGAUUGCACUGUGGAAGCCAAACCACUGCUGAGCAGGAACUUUGUGGUGUCCACAGUCAGCUCCGUCAUGGUUUAUGUGAACGUUCAGAAGGGCAUCUCCGAGGGCAUCCUUCAGGAGAACUGCCACCCCCUCCAUGCGGUGGCCUGCCAUCCCAUACGGCCAGUUGUUGUCAUGGGCAACCACAAGGGCACCUUAAAAGCCUGGGACUACGAACAGAAGCGAACCGUCUGUUGCAGGGUCUUUGAGAAAGACAAAGAGAUCCAGUGUGUCACAUUCGACCCUCAAGGGCGCCACCUGGCUAUUGGGUUCGCAAGUGGAGCUGUUCACUUUCUGGAUCCCGACACUUUACAAAGUGAUCCAAAGGAAUGUUUUGACUACCCCAAAGACAGCAUCAGCCACAUGAGUUUUUCCUCAGACUCCUGCUACCUGGCCACUGCGGAUGUUGGGAAAGCCAUCACCAUAUUCCGCUUGAAAACCACAGAGGACUCUCUGCCCCACUGGAUCUACAUGGGCAGAUACCGCUCCCACUACAAACCCAUUACGGACCUUCUGUUCGGGGUGCACCAGGACAGUGCCAAGACCAGGCUGUUCACCCUGGGCAAGGACCGCAUGCUGGUGGAGUACGACCUGGAGAACAGUGACUUGGACCAGAUUGUCAUCUCCAGUGCAGAGCGCAUUGAGCAAAGUGCUGUGCCAAUAUGCAUGACGUGGUACCCGCCCCUCGGCGCCGAGCAAUUUUUCCUCAUUGCUUCGGACCAGUACAAGAUGAAGCUUUUCAACAGCACCACCAAACUGUGCAGAAAGACUCUCCUCGGCCCAACAUAUGGAAGUCCAAUUAAGAAAAUAGGGAAUUUACCCACAUCUAAAAACAACAAGGCUGGAUCGUAUUACAUGGCAUACAUCACAGAGGACAAGAUCGGACUCCAGAUUCUUCCACUGGAUGGGAACCCCUUCAAGUCCCAUGCUGUCGUCUGCCAUCCGACGGGCGUGUCUACGUUUGCCCACUCGCAUGACGGACGCUUUGUUUUCACUGCGGGGGGAGCGGACUGCACCGUGCUGUCAUGGCAGAUAAGCUACAAUGCCCUGGAGGGAGCAGCAGCUUUGGGAGGAAAGGAUUUGACCCCUUUCUACACUCUACUAGAGGGAGGCAAGGAUGGCAAAUUCUACAGAGAAAUUGAGGACUUUUUCUACUACUGCCAAAUCCAUAAUCAAGGCCUGGAGUCAAUGGACACACGUCGGCUGUCUGCCAAUAUUCCCCUGACGGAAGUCACCUCGUUGGUGCGGGCUUUGGCCUUCUUCCCUACUGAACAAGAGGUAGAAGACAUGCUAAAUGAGAUCAAGCUUAGCAAAUACGCCGAAACGGGAGAAUACACGACGGACAUCAACCUGGAGGAGUUGAUCAAGCUCUAUGUCAACCAUCGGCCGGCCUUUGGCAUCUCCAGUGAUGAGAUCGCUCAAGCUUUCCGUGUCCUCGGCGACGCAAACACGGCAGGACGACCUGUCCUGCAGAGAGAAGAGCUGCUGGAACUCCUGCAGGUCCGAGGCGAAGUCAUGACAGAAGAUGAGCUGGCGGAGUGUUUCACUUCACUUUUAGGCUACAUUGAAGUCAAAGAUGAGGAGAGUACCGAGCCCCAUUUUUCUAAAUCUAAUGAUGUGAGCCAGGAAUAUUCUUUAGAGAGUGUCAUUCCGGAGGAAAUAUCUAGGGAGAUAUUUACUGAUAAAAUCCUGGGCCUCCCACCGUCUACUUGGAAGAGUGGACACUUCAGUCAGCCUGCAGAGUGAAGAAUGAAGGCAGAAGUCGAUUGAACCUUCUAUUUGUCUCGAACAUGCUUAAAAAGUAUAUCAGUAUGUGGAAUUAAAUUGUGGAAUGGAUUAACCAAAUAAAUCAAACAAUGUCCUAAAAUAAUCCACUUCAAGAAACUCUUCAAACUCAAAGCGUUUACAAAGUACAAAGAAGAAGAUAAACAUUCUGAAUUUAUCUCAUCCAUCCAUUCAUUUUCAAGAUUAAUCUUACUCAUCUCACCAUAUGAAAUAUAACUUACUUCACUAGUUAUUAUUUAUUUAUUUUCAUUGUGAUUACUUAUGGAGUGUAUUGUGAAUAAAUUGAGAACAGGAAGUGAACAAAAGUUUUAGCAACUGCUAUGUAAAGGAAAAGGGGUAGGAUUAAAUAAGCUCUGCUUCUUCCUACUCCUUUUCCAACAUGUUGAAUAGAGAAACUGGAAAUGGUGAUGUAUCAUG